AUGAUGGCCCUUCUGUCUGGCCUGGCCGAGGGCCGCAUAGUUCUGGCACUGGAGGGCGGCUUCAACCUCACCACCAUCAGCUACUGCAUGACGCUGUCUGGUGCCCAACAAGAGUGCCGUGCAGACCACCAAUGGGGUCAUCCGUACCCACAGCCGCUACUGGCCGGCGCUCUGCUUCAAGACGACAACGCCCACCGCCCCGUGUUCCCCGACUGCCAGUCCUACGACGACAUCCACGUGACGGAGAACGUGACGGCUGGCAGCCCCGUCCUCCUGCGCCUGGACCGUGACGGCGAGGACAAAGAGUUCUUCCUGACGGUCAUCGCGAAGGACAGUGGCUUGCAGCCCCGCCAGACGUCGUGUUCCUUCAGGGUCGUGGUGGAGGACGUUAACGACAACCCGCCCGUGUUUGACCUGCCGCGGUACGAGCAGACGCUGGCCACAGACCACAACCCGGCCACCCCGGUGCUCAGGGUCUCCGCCUCUGACCGGGACACAGGUGAGAAUGCAAGAAUCAAUUACCACCUUGAGGGGCACCCGAACCACCUGGAGUUCUUCUACCUAGAGCCUCUGACAGGCGUUCUCACCCUAAAGCGACCUCUUCAACCGACUAUGGCCAACACCCAGAUCUUCCACGUGCGGGUGCGAGCGGUGGGAGGCACGCCGUCCCUGUGGUCCACGGCGCCAGUCACGAUCAAGGUGGUGUCCUCGGGGGAGCUGCCGCCUACUGUGGUCGGCCAACACCCCCGGCAGCCCGCCAUCCCGGAGAACACCACAGAGAACACGGAGGUGGUGGUGCUGUGUGCGAGAUCGAACCUCGCGGACUCUCCCAGUGUUUACUUCACUCUCGUGAACGGCGACACGCCGGACACCAACUCCGAGGGCACGUUUGCCAUCAGAAGACGGCUGCCUGACCAGCAAAGCUCUGUCUGCGGGGACAGCGCCGGCGUCACCGUCUUCGUGGCCACGCGAACCCUCGACUACGAGUUCGUCCAGCUUUACAAACUCAACCUGCAGAUUGUGAACGAGCGCAACGCCCGCCUGGAGCAGCAGGUCUUGGUCACCAUUGUGGACAUGAACGACAACGCGCCGCUGCUGCAGCCCUUCGACGGCGCGGUGCUGGAGAACACGGACAGCACGCUCAUCACCACCAUCCAGGCCGUGGACAAGGACGCCUCCCCAGAGUACAGGAAGCUCACGUACUCGUUCGACGCCACGGCCUCCCACGACGUGAUCACCAAGUUCACCCUCAAGACCAACGGGGAGCUGUGGACGACAGGACCGCUGGACCGGGAGGAGGUGAGCCAGUACCGCGUGCCCAUCCAGGUGACCGACGGCGUGCCAGAUCACGAGCGCAUGACCACCUACUGGAUCACGGUGCAGGACCUCAACGACGUGGCGCCCCAGUUCGACCUCUCGCAGGGGGUGUACGAGGUACAGCUGCCCGAGAACAGGGAAGCCGGCAAGCCCACGGGGAUACGCCUGGCCGUAGAUGACCAGGACAUAGUCAAUCACUUCACGUUCGAAAUCGUCGAGGGAAAUGAAGAGAGAAAAUUCCGCAUCGACCCGCUGGUGAACAAGCCGCUGGACUACGACUACCCCGUGAUGGACCGAAACUUUACGCUGCGGGUGCGGGUGGAUGACGGCGUCAACGCCCCGGCCCUGACGGACGUGGUAGUGGCGGUGAUGAACGUGAACGACCUUCGGCCCGUGUUCCAGCGAGGCAACUACUCCUUCGUGGUCACAGAGAACACCGACUGCUCGCACCCACUUGGCCAGCAGGUGUCGGCGCUGGAUCCCGACCUGCCGCCCUCCGUCCACCAGAACAUCCUCUACUACUUGUCCCCCGACGAACAGCGGAACUUCACUAUUGACAGUCGCUCCGGCCAACUCUCCAUACGAGGCUGCCUAGACAGGGAGGCAAUCCGAGGCACUAUGACCCUGUAUCCGUGAGCCAACGACGAGGGCGGAAAGGGCCACGACGCCGACCCCGCCACCGUGCACGUCACCAUCCUGGACCUCAACGACAACUACCCGCACAUCAUCAAGCCGCUAAUACUCCUCCAAGAACCUUUGAUCACGGCGUUUCCGGUCAAGGCUUUGUCUUCUCAGCGCUUCAGAGCUGGGGUGUUGUGCCAAACUUGGGUCCACGUUCUCGACAAGCUUCUCAUAGCCUGGCAUCAGAAAAGAGACACACACACACACACCCUAGCAGCUGGCCGGUGGAGGUGUGGGCGGCCGAAGACGCUGCAGGGAACACGCGAAAGCUCCAGAACUGAUGCGUGUGUGGCGCACGUGUGGUGGUAAGACGUUCUCCCUCCCUCCCUCUCGGUUUCUUCAGCACGGGAUGCGGGCGAGAGGAGUCUUGCUUGAUGGAGUGGAACAUUCAUCUGCAAAACCGCUGAGACUGCCAUGAGGACCCUCUCUGCCUCCUCACCAACCUCACGUCACUCCACCAAGAAGAAUAAGGUUGACGGGUGGUUGACGCUGUUCAACCUGCUCGGAAGUAGAAAAUUGAGUGCCCCAGGC